AUGGGAUCAAAGGAUGCGGGCGGCGAGGUCGACUACGUCCAACAACUCGAGGCGUCCAGUGUCGAAAAGGACAACAAUGAGUUUGUGAUCGACCCUGCUCUUGAGAAAAAGACCAUGCGCAAGGUUGAUAGGCGUAUCCUGCCCAUCUUCCUGCUUCUCCAGCUUUGCGCGUUCAUUGAUCGAAUCAACAUUGGCAAUGCUCGCAUCCAAGGUCUGGAGGCCGAUCUGAACAUGAAAGGCAACGACUGGAACAUUGUAUUGUUUCUGUUCUUCAUCCCUUAUAUCCUGCUCGAAGCGCCUAGCAAUGUCUUGCUAAAGAGACUUCGACCAUCCCUCUUCCUGCCUAUAAUCUGCUGCGGAUGGAGUCUCGUCACCACGCUCCAGGGCGUCACCGCUUCAUUCGCCGGUCUAGUUGUAUGUCGAGUUCUCAUUGGUGUUUUUGAGGCAGGCUUAUUUCCUGCCCAAAUCUACAUCAUGUCGACCUAUUACCGUCGCAAAGAACUACAGUGGCGAGUCAGUUUUCUUUUCUGCGGAGCCAUCAUCUCCGGCGCUUUCUCCGGGCUUCUAGCCUAUGCCAUUGCCCAUCUCGAUGGGGUUCGUGGCUAUAGUGGGUGGCGUUGGAUCUUCAUCCUCGAAGGAAUCGCGUCGUUCUUGAUCGGUAUCUUGGCAUUCUUCCUCGUGCCCGACUGGCCUGAUCGCGCCAAAUUCCUCAACGAAGAAGAGCGGAAUGUCGUCUUGCAAAGAGUUGCGGACGACAGAAAAGGCGCUACCAUGAGCCAAUGGACCAAAGGAACGGCAAAGCGUAUCUUUGGCGACGUCAAGAUUUACCUUGGAAUUGGGAUGUACAUGGGUAUCGUCGUCACGAGCUAUGCAGGCUCCUUCUUCAUUCCCACUAUUCUCAGGCAGCUCGGCUGGACAUCGAUCAAAGCCCAGGUUAUGUCGAUUCCAGUUUGGAUUUUUGGCAUGACCUGUGCUUUUACGUCUUCUUUUGUUGCUGACUACUUGAAUCAUCGAUUCGGCAUUGUUCUGGCAGGUGGACUUCUCACCUCGAUCGGCUAUAUCAUUUUGCUCAACAUGCAUUCAGUGGCUGUGGGGGUUCGAUACUUCGCCGUCUUCUGUUGUCUCGGCGGUGGCUUCGUCGUGCAGCCCACCAUUAUCGCCUGGUUGAGCAAUAAUGUUUCAGGAUCCUACAAGUCUGGCAUUUCCUCGGGCAUGCAACUCGGUUUCGGCAACAUCGGCGGUAUCAUCGCCUCGAAUAUCUACUUGAACUCUCAGGCACCCGAAUACCCUCUCGGAUUCGGUCUUGGUCUCGGCAUGGUUUGGUUCUGCAUAAUAUGUGCUACGGCGUUCUUUUUCCUCAUCUGGCGCGAGAAUCGUAUUCGGAACGCGGGUGGACGAGAUGAUCGCUAUAGCCUUCCAGAGGAAGAGUUAAACAACCUGGGCGAUGACCAUCCUACGUUCCGCUUUACAUACUAG